UUCUUUUUGAGAACUCUCAGGGACACACAAGGGAAGAGCUGCUCAGAGUUUGCUUUGCCAACUUUCCACGCAAGAGUUUUCAGGAAAGCAAGAAGGGACCACACAGGAAGAAUCUCUGUUCCAUUCAUGAACGCAAGCAAGAAAGUGGAUUUGAAAAUCAUUAUCAUUGGAGCUCUAGGUGUAGGCAAAACCUCUCUCCUCCUUCAAUAUAUUCACAAAACAUUUCACGAAGAUUAUCAAACUACCCUAGGAGCCAGUGUCUUGUCUAAGAUGGUGGUGGUGGACAAUACCAUCCUGAAGCUGCAGAUUUGGGACACUGGUGGACAGGAACGAUUCCGGUCCAUGGUAUCAACAUUUUAUAAAGGCGCAGAUGGCUGUGUGCUGGCCUUUGAUGUCACGGAUGAAGAUUCCUUUGAGUCCUUGAAUUACUGGAGGAAAGACUUUCUGCAGAAGGUCGCUCCUACAGAGCAAAGCUUCCCUAUGGUCGUUCUGGGGAAUAAAAUUGAUUUGAAGGAACGAGAGGUAUCCAAGGAGGAAGCUUCAUUAUGGUGUUUGAAGAAGAACAUUGCCUACUUUGAAGUUAGUGCCAAAGAUGAUAUCAAUGUAGUGCAAGCCUUUGAGACCUUAUCAAGGCAAGCACUCUCAAGGUACCAAGGGACCAUCGAGAACUAUCUCACAGAUUCUAUUAAGCUUACUCCUGAAGAUGAGUCCAGAAAGAAAUGCUGCUGAGAUGUUGUUUGGAAAGAUGGAAUAUUUUCACUCAGGAAACAGCUACAGUUG